AGAGCCGGCGGAGCCAGUGGCCGCCUUUCCCUCGGGAGAAGCCGCCUGAGGCUCUGGGAAGAUGCAGUUUUUUGGGCGGCUGCUGGACACCUUCAGCAGCGUCUCGCAGAUCUUCUCCAACCCGUACCGCGUGAGGGAGGUGCCGGCCGCCGAGUACGCCGGUCACACGUGCCUGCGGGAAGAGGGCAGGCUGGCCCUCUACAAGAACAGCCUCUCUCGCUCCUGGGACUGCUUGCUGGUGAAUCCGCAGAGCCCGCAGGUCGCGUUCCGGCUCUUCCAGCUGGACAACGAAGCAGAUGCCCUGGUGUACUUUGAGCAAUAUGCCCGGCAGCUGCGCCCUUUCUACGAGAGCUCGUGCCAGCCCUUGUCCCUGGAGGAGCUGCAGCUGCUCAGCGACUGCGUCCGCAGCUACCCCGGCUGGUCCCCGGCACACAUCGCCGUGGAGUUCGGCCGCCGCGAGACCUUCCGGCACAACCACAUCCUGAGCUGCGUGAACAGCACAGACGGCGAGGACGGCUGCACCCCGCUGCACCUGGCGUGCCGCAAGGGGGACGUGGAGUGCCUGCUGGAGCUGCUGGAGUGCCACGCACGCGUGGACAUCACCGACAGGAACGGAGAGACCGUUUUCCACUACGCCGUGCGAGGAAACAACCCCCAGAUCAUUGAGCUCCUGGGCAGACCCCUAACUACUGGCUUGGACCACCUGAACCACGAGGGGCUGACAGCUCUGCACCUGGCGUGCCAGCUGGGCAAGGAGGACAUGGUUCGCUCCCUGCUGAAGUGCCGUGCCAGCUGCAGCGUCGUGGGCACACUGGGCUACCCCAUCCACACAGCUCUGAAGUUCUCCCACAAGGGGUGUGUCCAGGCCAUUCUGGAGGCAGAUGCCAGCCAGGUUUGCUCCAAGGACCCACGCUAUGAUGCCACUCCACUGCACUGGGCAAAGAAGGCAGAGCUGGCGCGGCUGCUGCUGGAGCACGGCGCCGAGGUGAACGCCAGCAGCGGCACGGCCGACAUGGCGCUGCACAUCGCCGUGCAGAGGGGCCGCCUGGACUGCGCCAUGGUGCUGCUGACACACGGCGCCCACACCAACGCCCGCGGCCGCGACGGAAACACGCCGCUGCACCUGGCCAUGAAGCAUGACCACCUGGAUAUGAUCAAAGCGAUCAUUGUCUUUGGAGGAGAUGUUGAGAUCCCCAAUGAUUUUGGAGAGACACCAGGACUGUUGGCAGCCAGGAGCAGCAAAGGUGCGAACCGGAAAGUGCUCUUAGACCUGCUGCAAACUGUAGGCACCGAACGCUGCCACCCACCACCCAACCCUGACUCCCCAGGCCUGGCACCAUCUGCUGCCUCCUUCCUGGAAGGCCAACCUUCCCCACGGAGCAACCUCAACAGCUUAGGGUACAAGGACCUUCUGUAUGUUUCCACAACGCUUGGACAGCUGUUGAAGGCACCAGAUGUUGUGGACAUGCCCUGUGAGGCUAGAAGAGAUCAGGACCGGCUCCUGUGCUUGGAUGGAGGGGGCAUCCGUGGCCUUGUGCUCAUCCAGCUUCUCCUGGCUAUUGAAAAGGCUGCAGGCCGUCCCAUUUGUGAGAUCUUUGACUGGAUUGCAGGGACCAGCACUGGAGGGAUCUUGGCCUUGGCUAUUGUACAUGGGAAGUCCAUGGACUACAUGCGCUGCCUGUACUUCCGCAUGAAGGACAUGGUGUUCCGGGGCUCUCGGCCCUACGAGUCCGAGCCCCUGGAUGAGUUCUUGAAGAAGGAAUUUGGGGAGAACACCAAAAUGACAGAUGUCCGAAAACCCAAAGUUAUGGUGACAGGGACAUUGUGUGACCGACAGCCAGCUGAGCUCCACCUUUUCCGGAAUUACCCUGUACCAGAGACAAAACGCUCCACUGAGUACAAGACAAAUGCAUCUUUCCAGCCACUCACUCAGCCAGAAGAGCAGCUCGUGUGGCGCGCUGCCCGCUGCAGCGGUGCAGCUCCCACUUAUUUCCGGCCCAUUGGCCGUUUCCUGGAUGGAGGGCUGCUGGCCAACAACCCCACCCUUGAUGCCAUGGCAGAGAUCCACGAGUACAACAAGACACUGAUCAAAAAGGGUCAGAAGCAGGAAGUGAGGAAAUUGGGGUUGGUGGUGUCCCUGGGAACAGGGAAGCCUCCGCAGGUCGCAGUGAGCUCUGUGGACGUUUUCCGCCCCUCAAACCCUUGGCAACUGGCGAAGACCGUCUUUGGGGCCAGGGAGCUUGGCAAGAUGGUGGUGGAUUGUACCUGGCUGUGCAGUGCGUCAUCCCAGAUGGCAUCCCCUCCAGAGGCAUUCCUGCCCAGACCUGCCCCUGCACACGCCUCAGUGACAAGGCUCAGCCCUCAGCUGCACACGGAGGUGAUGCUGGACGAGGUGAACGACACUGUGCUGGUGAACGCCCUGUGGGACACCCAGCUCUACAUCUACGAGCAACGGGAGCAGUUCGAGCAGCUGGUGCAGCAUCUCUGCCUGUGACUGACCUGGUGCUCCCACUCUGCGUUCUGAAGGCAAGGAGCAGCAAGGAGACACUGGCAUUGCUCAGAUUUGCCCUUGAGCCAAGGUGUCGAGGUGAUGGACAGACUUGUGGUAAUUGAGAGGAAUUAAUAUUGAAUAGACACCAGUGCACAUACACAUGUAUUCCCAACACAGAAUGUAUGAUAGCUGUGAAAUGCUGACAGUUAUCUUUGUGCUGUAACCCCAUCUCUGCUGCUGUGCUUGGUUCUGCUGCCCUGCUCUCUGACCCAGGACCCAGAGCCCUCACCUACUUGUCUUGAGCUGUAGCAGCUGGAAUGUCUCCUGUCUGUGCAGUACCUCCACUGACAAAGCACCGUGCACCUUCCUAUGUCACAGAAUGGGCCUAGGCCUGAUAAAGUUUCAGGGAUUGCUUGGCCCACUGGGCCCGAGGUAUUUCAGAGUGUAUAGUUUGGGGGAAAGGGAUUGUUUUUCUCCCAACACACCCAGUUUAAAGGGGAGCAGAAAUGCUGCAACUUUUUGCAGUGGAUACAAUGCAGAAAGCUGCAACUGGCCUUGGAGAAGUCUUUCCUGAGACGGUUGUCUUCUGCAACAGCUUCUCCUGUUCCUUCUGAGAUGGGCUGGCAACACUGCCUGGAGAGGGAGCAGCCUCCCCCGCCCAGGACUUUAUUGUGCCACUGAUUUGCUGUUACACUUUGCUCAGGGGCUGAGAUGUGAAAGCCUGUCUUUACAGCAAGCUCAGAGGAAGGGACAGGAGUCUUGGCUUUGUAGAAAGAUCAUUUCUCUUUGUUCUUAACAUGAAACUGAAAUGCUCUGAGAUCAUUUCCCACCAAAGAAGCCAACCCUGGGACAAUUUGGAUUUACUUUUUUAUUACGACUGGAAAUUCUACUGUGAUUGCUACACCAGUCGUUGUUCCUGCAGUAAUUUUUGCAUAUUUAUAAAUAAUUUAUGUAUCUGUUUGGAGGUGUUUUGAGGAGUAAUCUGAAAAACUGAAUUUUUAGUGGUGUUCUUUUGAGUGAAUGGACUGCUGCUGCCUGUUUCUGUGAGACACUAACAUGUCCUAAAAUAAAGAGGGAUUUGCAUUUGUUUCCAA